ACAGUACAUACAUCUUUCACACCCAUCUUCUCGACCGCAUAGCAUCGAGUGCAAACUCUCAAUCUCCGACUCGCGGUAUGUUAUCACGCUUCUAAACGUUUGUCCACCGAACAAUCAUGUCAAUGUCCGCCUCUGAGGCCCUCGGCAGGGCAAGAUCCUUACUGUCGGCCGCUGGAGGCCCUUCAUCCACUCAGGCCGAUCGCCGUGCAUGCAUCACUCAUCUGUUAACACUCCCCUCUUACUCGGUGUACGAAUGCAAAGCUACUUUCGGGACUCUGGUGGCCAAAUUUUUCGCCGAAUUCGAAGAUUUACAGGAUGGCGUGGUGGAUGGACUUCUGGACUUGUGCGAGGACGAUGAUGAAAAACUCCGAAUUAUUGGGAUCAAAGGUCUCGGAGCGACCGCAAAAGCAGAUCCGAAAUGGGUCAGAGGAAACGCUGGUGUUCUCCUUCAAUUGUUAGAGUGUCCCCCACUGGAACUUCAAUAUGUCCGAGAAUCUCUAUAUAAUCUACUCUCCGUUCGUCCUUCCGACGUCAUUGGUAUAAUGGCAGAUGACUGUCGUGGAUCCGAAGAAGAAACCGGAGCAUCUCGACGUAACAUCUUGGAUUUUAUCUCAGAAUCCACUACCGUCCUAGGGCCAAUACUUCAUUCAGGAAACGAUCUCAAGAGUGAACAAGUCUUUCGAGAUGGUUUCUUCGAAGUACUCAGUACAACAGCUAUAGCCGAGACGAGACAAGUUCUCAGUUGUCUCAUGCCACUCUCUACGAUAUCAGGCAAAAACUCUACGAAAGAAAUUGCUACUCGGUAUAUGAAAGCUCUCACGGAUAGUUUGCAUGAAGGAAGUUCGGAAGGUCUAACCGCACCUUUGAGCAAGUUGUUUGCUCAGUUUAUCGACAAAACCCCUCCGGUCGACGUGAGGGCCGUUUUGGCUUUUUGGGCAGCACACGGGGCGGUCAUUGUGAGCAUGGGGCUGGAGAAGGGGAAUGAUGUGGCGUUGAAAUUGAUUGAACGGUUGAGAAAAUGGAUCCCUCAGGCGAUGAUGGGAUGGGCGAAUGGAGAAACAGGGAGAGAUACCGAUUGGACGGAGGAGAAACUAUUGCCUCGGUUAUGCGAUACAUUACUGAAUGCUCUUUUGGCCGUAUGGCCAAAUAUUUCCGAAAAGUCCAGCGUGAUAUCACCUCUGGAGACUUUGCUUCAUAGCAUCUACUCUUUGCUUGUCAUGAAAGAUAGAAGGAGGAGAAUCAAAGCUCCUGAAUGUCGUGCUUUGCUCGACUUGUCUCGAGAUGCAGGACGGAUCGUAUCAAACAAAUCUUCCAGCGAUGUCAGGGCGUGGGAAAAUAUCCGUGUUAUUGCAGAGAUCCUUUCGGACCAUCAUCAAAAGAUCAUAGAUGUCAUACCCUCAUGGAAACCUAUCCCACCUGCCGCCCCUCGUUCUGCCCCAAUUCAACAAAAGCCCGCCGUCAUACCCACUGGACCGAGAAAUGAUCGCGAGCGGGAACGAGAAUCUCGAGAUCGUUGGGCAGGCCGUGAAGGACGGAGAGAAAGGGAAAGGGAUUUAUCUCCUACUCAACAUCGAGAUUCGAUCAAAGAACCACCCCGGGGUCCAGCACGGGAUCGAGAACAUCGUCGGGAAAAUCAGCAAAGGUCACAAGUGUCAAUUCCAACAGAGCCGAAACAAAUUGAACCUUCUCAGAAGUCGGAAACAAGAAAUCAUGCCAGACCGCCAACUCCGGAAUUGCCUCCUGCACGAAAGAUUGUUGAAACUCCUGUCGCACCUCCUGCCAAAGCUGACACCGUCAAAGUGAGGAAUGAGCGGCAACAUCAAAUUUCACCGGUACCUUCUGCGAUACCAGCGAAACGACAAGAAGCGACGAUUCAACCGUCUCAGGUAGUAAUAACUCAACCUUCCAUAUCAAAAGCUACAUCCGAUACUUCUCUCGCUUCUCGUUUAGGCCCUAUCCCUCCAACCAUCUAUUCAGCCAGUACGAAACCCAUCCCACCACCUGUCGUUCAGCCUAUGCCCACUUCAGUAGUUCAAUCUACUCCUUUACCUGCGAAAAAGACUUCUCCACCGGUAGUGGUCAACCCCGUCCUUCCCACCAGUAACAGUAUUGUCACCCAACCUCAGGCAGCUUCAACUAGUCAGAAACUCCCUCAGAAACUAUCACUAGCAGAACGUCUUGGUCCUUCAAACUCUAUGAAGCGAAGGAGGGAAGAUCAAUCCUCAACACCACCGAUUUCUCAAUCUAUCGAUCCCACACCACGAUCAGUCACAACACCCAAUCUUUUGUCUCGUCUCGGUCCACGAACCGACACCGUCAAACCACCGGUCAAUUCAACCGUUGUCCCGUCUGUUGUAGAUGGUACGGAUAGAGAACGUGAUGUUAAACGUACUCGAUCUUCUCUACCUGAUUCGAUUUUACAGAAUCAAGACUUGACGACGGAUCAACAAAUCCCAAUGACCCGAUUGACGUUACAAGAAAGGAUGGGAUUUGGAAUAAAUCCAACUUCUACAACUUCUUCUCUCCCUUUGAAACCUCUCAUUCAAAUUCAAUCAAAUCCAUCAAAUAAUUCUAUUAUCCCAAGUAUUUAUACUCAACCUCAAUCCAUACAGAAUUCUCAGUCUGUUCCACCAUCCAUAACCAUGUCUAUCCGGAAUUCUCACAUUGUCAACAAACCGUUACAUCUCACAAAUCCAUCUUACCAGAAUGGUAAUGGGAAUGGUAUUGGUAUCAGCAUCAAACCUCUCCCUCAGUAUCAACAACAGAAUACAGGAGGAAUGACUAUUCGAUCAAAUUCAAUGAACCAAUUUUCACAACCAUCAAAAUCAACUUCUGGAGCUAUAUCAAUUCGUCCUACCAUACAAACUCUCGAAGUAAAAGGUGCAGCUCAACAAUAUAUCAAAGGUGCAGCUCAACAAUCUAUAAAUAAUACAACAAAACAACAACCUUUAAAUGAAACUUCAACUGAAGAAGGGAUUAUACGUAGAGGUAGAGGAUUUAACAAAAGUCCAGAACCUGCAGAUUUGGUUUUACAAAGUUUAGGUAGAAAAGUUGGGUUUGGGACUGUACCGGGUAUGAGAAGGAUUAAUAGGAAUGGGGUUGGUUUAGCUAAUAGAAUAGGAUGAAGAUGUGAGAAUGUAUUUGUUUUGUUUUU